AUGGCUACCACAGCACCCAACCCGCUCGACCCCAAGUAUUCGCCGGGUGCCGAGCAAGCAAGACAGGACAUCAUGGUCGGCUUGUCAAUUGUGAUGACGAUCAUUGGAGUAUCUUGCGUUGCUCUCCGAGUAUACACGCGCGGCGUCAUCGUCCGGAACAUGGGCCCAGAAGAUUGGACCAUGAUAGCUGCUACCGUGUGCACUGUAGUCUUCUUGGUUGAGAUCGUAGCGGGCGCAAAAGAGCUCAAACUGGGCUUCAGUGCUAUGUCUAUGACUCCAACGCAGAUGGUGAACAACAUCAAACGACUUUGCCAAGGCAGUAUCGCCCUUCUCGCCGUAUAUCAAGUCGUCGUCAUCAUCGUGGUUUUCACUCAGUGCACGCCUCUCUAUAAGAUGUGGGACUUCUUCAACAAAGUCGAAGGGACCUGUAUUGACUCAAACGUUUUCUACCAUGUGACGUCGAUUUUUCACAUCAUCAUGGACCUCUGGAUUAUUGGUCUGCCCGUCAAGCUCAUAAUGAGCAUACCGCGACCACCACGGGAAAAAAUUGCUUUAUACAUCAUCUUCGGCCUCGGGAUCGUCAGUCUUCUCGCCUCCGUCCUCCGACUCCAAUCCCUUCGUGUCUUAACGCUUUCGAACGACCCCUUUUACGACUCACUACCAAUCAAUACCUGGUCCAUGGUGGAAGUCAACAUUGGUAUUUUGUGCGCUUCGAUACCAACUCUGAAGCCGCUCGUAUCCAAGGCACAACGAAACCGUACGCAACACGCGCUCAUGAGAUCCAGUGAGAGAGCCGAGAGGGUCUCGAAUUUUGGAAAGUCGGAAAAAUCCGAACAGUUCGAGCAGUUCCAGAAGCCUGAGCAGAGCCAGCCCCCCGAACCAAAAGCCUCGAGCUGGGCAUGGCCACGCAAGGAGAAGUCUGAUGGCUUUGGAGAUGGUGAUAACAUGCUCAUCAGCCUCCACCCUUUCGCUAGCGGUGACAGGAGGUCAUACGAUAUGGAGUGGGAAAUGGCGCAUCGAGCGCCGCCGGUGCCUCCAAAGGACGGCGGUGACCCACGUGGACCCCCACCUCGAUACCCGGAUAUGGUGCAUUCUAAGUCUGAGCUGGCACUUAUAUGA